CAUGAAAAUAAAACCUUGGCUGUAAAUGGGAUGUUAAUCGGCUUUGUAGUCAAUGUCAGACCGAUGAACAGAAAUGCACCAAAGUUUAUACCAACAAUAUUGACUGUCAGCAUAAAUGAAAGUUCUCCACAGGAUUCCGUUGUUGCUGUACUGACGUGCACUGACGCGGACACAGGGCCCAAUCCUGGUUGCACAACAGUAUCCAUAGCAACGGGAGAUGACUCAACGCCAAAGUUCAAGGUCAUCAAUAACCAGAUAUUGACAACCAGUACUCCCGUAGACUAUGACAUCAUGGCAGCUGACAACUUCCUCUACAAACUCGUUGUCAUAGCAACUGAUACCCCAUCAGUUGGUAAACAGAGAACAGGAACAAUGACUGUUUUAGUUAAUGUACUUCCGGUCAACAAGUACGACCCCAAAAUCCAUGGACAGCCUAUCAGUCAAGCGAUUCCUGAAGAUACUCAGGUAGGAACAGAAGUGCUGACGGUGACUGCCUCGGAUAAUGACGCAGGGAUCCACGGGGAACUGACGUACCAGAUUACAGAUGGAAACGAUGACGAUGCUUUCUUCAUUCUAAAAACCUCAGGGAAGAUUUAUACAAAGAGAAGACUAGAUUUUGAGACAAGGUCAUCCUACUCUCUGACAGUAGAGGUCAAGGACGGGGGAGCUCGCACCAGUACCGCGGUGGUCAACAUCACGCUGACUAAUGUGAACGAUAACCCUCCCGUGUGUUCUCCUGACCACUACAAGAAAACCGUAGGCGAGAACAUCUCGAUUGGAAACACUGUCCUUAAUAUUUCUUGCUUGGAUGAAGAGAUUGGUACAGAUCUACGUUAUACGAUUACAUCCGGGGAUCGCGGGGACCUUGAUAUAACAUCCAGUGGCGCAGUGAGAGUUAAACGUGAAUUGGAUUAUGAUAAAGGAAUUUUUUCCUACCUCCUUAAUAUACAAGUGACAGACACCGUGCAUACAGCUUCUGUAAUCGUUUUGGUAAAUUUAAAUCCUAUAAAUGAAUACCCUCCUCUGUUGGAUCCGCUCUCAGUGGAUGUUAGAGAGGAUACAACACCUGGUACAGAGAUCGCAUCAUUGACCGCCUCUGACCGCGACGCUUAUCCCGACAAUGUACUCUCUUUUGAAAUAGUGUCAGUACAAAAUACUGCAAUAGACGCCUUUAUGAUGGACAGUGUGACUGGUAAAAUAUACCUAACGCACUAUUUAGAUUUUGAAACGGUCCCGCUGUACAGGAUAAUUGUGGCGGCGGACGAUGGAGGAACCUCAAAGGGGACCGGAACCGUCACGGUGUCGGUACAGAAUGUCAAUGACAACGCCCCCUAUUGUCCAAAAACUGUCUUUAAUGUCAGGAUAUCCGAACUGACAAGAAAAGGCAGUGUGAUUAUUCCAAACUUUGGAUGCUCUGAUCGAGAUCUUGAUGACCUUUCUUAUUCCGUCAACCAGAUUCCCAGUGACAAUGCAUUUGAGGGAACCUCGGGACAGCUCACGAUUAAAGGGAACUUGGAUUAUGAGACAACGCAAUUCUACAAUAUAGAAAUAAGCAUCAGAGAUGGCUAUUACACAACAAAAGUUAGAGUCGCAGUAAACGUCAUAAAUGAAAACGAGGGACCACCCAAAUUUAUACACCCAGAUAUACCAAAAUUCUUCAGAGAGGAUACAGAUACAGGAACUGUCAUAGCCACCGUAACGGCCGAGGAUCCUGAUAAUGAUCCUUUUAUCUACUCCUUCCGAACGACUUAUUCGGAGUUCUUACUGGAUUCUAGGAGUGGAGAAGUCAUCCUGACUAAACCAUUGGACAGAGAAAAAACUUCUUACUAUGAAUUAGACAUCGUGGCUUCGGAUGGUACUAAAUCAUCAACCGCAACGGUGCAAAUCACUGUAACUGACGUUAAUGAACGUCCAAGAUUCAGCAAAAAAAAUUAUGUAUUCUCCGUCGCAGAAAACACACUUGCUGGUUACAGUGUAGGAACAGUCUCUGCUAUUGAUGCAGAUACAGGCGGAACAAAUGGGUUACUCCGUCACACCAUACUCUCAGGAAAUGAAGACUCUUACUUUCAAAUAGACCCAACAACUGGUGAAAUCAGUGUUGCAUCCCCACCCGAUUUUGAAAACGCCAAGUCUGUUGUUCUAGUAAUCCAAGUUACGGACCAAGGUUUCCCUUCAACAUUUGAAGUCUGUACAGUCACAAUAAACAUUAUAGAUGUCAACGACAACCCACCAGAAUUCUCUUCCUCUUCCAUACGAAAAUGGAUUUCAGAAGACGCCUUGGUUGGACUAUCUGUGAUUCAGGUGUUUGCUACAGAUGCCGACUCAUCCUUAAACGGCAACAAUAAGUUUACAUUUGUAUCAAACUCUGCGGUCCCUUUUCAAAUUGAUCCCGACAGCGGCAUUGUGACUGUUAAAAAUUCGCUUGACAGAGAAACAACAAGCAGAUACGACAUGUUGAUAACUGCAGUGGAUAGAGGAACCCCUUCCUUAAAAGGCUUUUUUACACUCGAGAUUUUUCUCACUGAUGUUAACGACAAUGCUCCACUCUUCAUCGGAACCUAUGAUGCUACUGUUCCCGAAAAUGUUUUGAAAGAAACAAUAAUAUUUACUUUUACUGUCAAUGAUAUUGAUGACAAUUACGAUGAAAAUUUUAACUAUACUAUAUUAUCGGGGAAUUUGUACUCUAGUUUCAAACUAGAUUCUCACAAUGGAAUCUUACAGGUGGCAUCAGACUUGGAUCGGGAGCGUUUAGACAAGUAUGAGUUAGUUAUUCAGGUUACCGAUAGUGGAAUUCCAUCAAAAUCCACAUCUGUAACGGCCACUAUUAAUAUUAUUGACGUCAAUGAUGAAUAUCCAGUUUUCGAAAUGUCUUCUUAUAUUUUCUCAGUCAAAGAGCACACAGUUUCUCCAACAGUGUUUGCCUUGAUCAAAGCGACCGAUAAUGAUGAUGGCAUAAAUUCCAAGCUAAGAUAUAGCAUAGCUACCAACUGGAAAGGUGCCUCAGGCAUGUUCGGUAUUAAUGACACUUCAGGGGAAAUCUAUACAGUUGGAGAUUUUGAUCGUGAGUUAGAAUCAGAGUUUUUAUUGUGGAUCCGAGUUCAAGAUGGCGGAUCUCCCCACUGGUCUGCGGAGGUCACUGUGAACGUCACAAUAGAAGAUAUAAAUGACCAUACACCAAUGUUUGGACAAAAAGAAUAUUCUGUAUACGUGUUAGAAAACCUUGACAGAGGAAGCAAAGUCUUAUCUACUGGAGCUGUAGACUCGGAUGAAGGCCUGAAUGGAGAAAUCAAGUAUGAAAUAGAUUUUACUACACAGCUAGGGACGCCUUUUGAUUCGUUCUUCGGCGUGCGAUCCUAUUCUGGUGAUAUUAUUCUAAGAGAGCGCUUGGAUAGAGAAACAUACGACAGUUUUACUUUCACCAUUAUAGCAAGGGAUAGUGGAUUGCCCCCUCUGUCUUCGAAAGUAAAUGUGACCAUAUUUGUCCAAGAUGUCAAUGAUAACAGACCACAGUUCUCUCCUGAUUUUUACAAUUCAGAAGCGUCUUUGAACGAUUAUUGUGAUGCUUCUAUAACUGUAGUUACUGCUGUAGACAGUGACAUAGGAAGUAAUGCCCUUGUUACCUAUAGUCUUCUUGCUGAUAAUCCUGGACCAUUCGUGGUCGAUGAUUCCGGAAUAAUCAAAGCAAAUGCAGAGCUCCAAAAAGCUAAAUAUACGAUAGAAAUAAUAUCCUCAGAUAAAGGAGACCCUCAGUUGAAGUCCUUAAAGAAUGCCAUCGUUAGAAUAGAUAGAUUUGACCCUGAAGACACUGUCAUCUCAUUUUACCUCGACUUAACUUUGGUAUCCUAUUUAUCCGUUGAGGAGGAACUAUUAAAUCACAUAAAGGAGGUACUGAGGGCGUCUUUUCCAACAGCAUAUGUUAGAAAGUGGUGUGUAGAGGAUAAAGUCAGAUCAGUUCUUGUACAUGUUUAUGCUGUUAAAAAUGAUAUAACAGAAAACAUAAACAAUUUGCAGAAAGAGAAAAAGUUCGUUACAAAUGGGGAAUUCAUUAACCUCCUUCAACUUAAUCCUAGUGAAAUCCCAACUGUAAUCGUAAACGAAAAAUCAUGGGAUAAAUAUAGAAUAGAAAAAGUUGUUCCAUUUGGAGACAAACUCAUCUUCCCUGCGCCCGAAAAGGUAACAGCACCAGAGGAGAAGGACGACUUGGGAUUGAUUCUUGGGAUAUUUUUUGGACUUCUUCUAGCUGUUUUAGCAGCUAUUAUUAUUUUUUACUUGGUCUGGAGAAGGAAAUUACGUAGAAAGAAAAAAGACAAUGAAACCACAAAGAGGCCCAGAGUUCAGAUAAUUGAGAUCAGAGGAAAAGGUGGACGACUGUCUAUUGACGAGGAAAGCGAGACAACUCACAACAAAAACCCAACCACCAAAACAACAACGACAACCGUUUCAGUUGUAACCCCUCUCCAACUUUCAGAUUCCAAGCUACAUGACGUUGAGAAAGUAGAGGCAUUUGAUGGUCCUUUGAUAAAUGUUCCAUCAUCAGCGAAGCCAGGUUUUGAUAGGUCAUCCCCCGACCCAUCUGUCUUAUCUUCUAGACAGGAUUUCAAAAGCGUCACUUUAAGUCCCUCUCUCCUCGGUAACACGAUGUCAAAUUCCUCAACACCCCUUCCUACUAAACCAGCUCUUUUUAAUGCACACAGAAAGCGAGAUUUUGUUACAGGCUGGGUGUACGAAGAAGACCCUGACACUCAGACCAGAAGAUGGGUCCGUACACCAGAUGGGGAUCCUAUUUUUGACGUCUCACGUGAUUAGAAGCAUAAGAGGAUACUACAGCAUUCCUAUUUCUAAUAUUUAACAUUGCAUAAAAUAAUGCAUUUCUUGUUCU